UGCUUAACAGUGAAUGCUGCGGCAAUUGACUAAUUCCCUUCCUUGGGUUUCGCUUGUCAACAAACGUGUCAUUUAAAAAGGUGGUAACAUUCUGCUCCUCUCACUUCCCUAUUCUGCAAUUGGGAUUGACAGUCAUGUACACAUGUAAACAUCAUCCAGGUAACUAAGAAACUCAGAGUAUUUAAGCAGGUGUGACUCGAGACUGUUUCUCCUUCCCUAUUAGAGGGGUGCCACGCAGGUUGGCCUGUGGUAUUACUGAGCUGCUCAAGAAAGAUUUGUAAAAGUGCCACCAUGUGUUUUGGCAAGUGUGCUAAGUGCAUUGGAUACAAGCUGCUCAUUUUUGCUGUGUUUUGCAUGGUGGCAAACAUUUUGCUUUACUUUCCUAAUGGCGAAACAAGGUAUGCUUCAGAAUAUCGUCUUAGCAAGUACACACGGUGCCUCCAUGGCAUUGUAGGAGGAGGCCUCCUGAUAUUCAUCCCUGCUGCUGUGUUCAUUAGCCUAGAACAUGAGAACUGCUGCGGGUGUGGCGGCCAUGAGAACUGUGGGGAAAGCUGCGCCAUGCUGUCCUCUGUUCUGGCGGCCUUCAUUGGAAUCCUUGGUUCUGGAUACUGUAUCAUCAUUUCAGCUCUGGGUUUAUCACAUGGGCCUUACUGCUUGUCCAGCACAGAAAAUACCUGGGUCUAUCCUUUCCAUAACUCCUCUGGAGAGUACCUCCUGGAGCAGAACAGGUGGUCUGUGUGCCAGGAGCCACGAAACAUUGUUGGAUGGAAUGUGACCCUCUUUUCCAUUCUUCUGUUCCUGGGGGGAAUUGAGUUCAUUCUGUGUUCCAUCCAAGUAAUCAAUGGCUUUAUCGGUGGAGUGUACAAGAUGUGCUGCCAUCGUGACGAGAAGUAUGUUUGCUAGGAUGUCCACACGGGAAAAUGGAGUGAAAUCACUGUAAUAUGUUUUGUAAAACAUUGCUAUUUUGUAUUGUACAUAAUGUUAUGUAUUGUUGUCAAGCUGCACUGCCAAUAUUAAUUUAAGAGAUGCCAGGCCAGGUUCUGUUCAUUGGAAUCCUACAUGUGACUCUAAGAACUCAACAGUAGCGUCUCUGCGCCUGAAGACAGAGUUUGGCCUACUGAAUUUCUCUGUAUGAAUAAAUAUAUACCUUGUUACCAGGGAUCCUGGUUUUCCCUGCUAAAAAAAAAAAUCACAAAUUCUCUGAUUAAAACCCCCCAAAUCUGCAAUUAAAAUGAAACA